AUGGCAAUUGUAUUAAUAACUGGAGGUACCGGUUAUGUAGGUACAUUUUCCAUAAUCGAAGCGCUUGUAAAAGGUUACACUGUAAGAACGACUGUCAGAAGCUUGAAAAAAUCUUCAUCUUUAAAGGAGUCUAUCUUGAAAACUGCAGAUGGUAAACUUGACAAAGAAACAAUUGAUUCAAAGUUAACUUUUUAUGAAGCGGAUUUGACUACAGAUGAAGGAUGGGAAGAAGCUAUUAACGGAGCGCAAUACAUUCUACAUGUGGCAUCGCCAUUUCCGACAUCAGAGCCUAAAAAUGAGAAUGACUUGAUUAUUCCGGCAAAGGAAGGUACCUUAAGAGUCUUGAAAAUUGCAAGCAAAGUAGGUGGUGUUACUAAAAUUGUAUUAACCUCAUCAUUCGCAGCCAUUGGGUAUGGACAUCCAAAUCAUACAAGUAUUUCUGAGAAGGAUUGGACAAAUGUAAACAAUACUCCUGGCGCAUACGUUAAAUCCAAGUAUUAUUCAGAAAAGGCCGCAUGGGACUUUGUCAAAUCUAACACCUCGAAUCCAUUUGAGCUCACGGCUAUUAACCCUGUUCUAAUUAUUGGUCCGGUUGUUUCUGGACUGCCUGGUGUGUCGUCUUCCAUUGACCUAAUUAAACGAAUUGUUGGAGGGGAGACUAAGGUAGGCGCUCCAAAGAUUUACAUGGGGCUUAUUGACAUUAGGGAUGUUGCCAAGAUUCACGUAGAGGCUCUUACAAACGAAAAAUCAAAUGGGGAAAGGUUUUUGUUAGUAAGUGGCGGAAAAGAGUACUCUAUGCUUGAAAUUGGGAAGAUAUAUAAGAAAGUUUUAGAUCCCAAGGAUCCCAAUGUUCACAAUUUACCUACUAGAAAUGUACCCACUUGGAUAUUGAAAGCAGGAGGUUUAGUAGUUCCCAAAUUAAAGGAUGCUGCCAACUUUGCUGAUAGACAGAUGAAGUAUAAUGCAUCCAAGGCAGAGAGUGUAUUUGACUGGACCCCAAUAUCUGUGGAACAAAGUCUUACUGAUACUUAUAAUAGUCUCAAGGCUGAGAAGGCCCUAUGA